AUGGAGCAAUUGCCAAACGAGAUUCUAGAAAAGAUUAUUUGCCUAUUGCCAGUUAAGUGUGUACUCCGUUUAAGAUGUGUAUCUAAAUCAUGGCUAGCGAUAAUUAGUAGCCCCUAUUUCGUCAAAUUGCAUUUGAAACGAUCAGUCCAAACCAAGAGCAACCUUAGGCUCUUCCGAUGGAGAUACGAUCUCUUUCAGGUGGAUUUUAAUUCCCUCUAUGAAGGAAAUGAUCUUCAAAUGGUGAAGGUCGAUUCCAUUCCAUUGAUGUUUCGGAAAUAUGGACUUGUUCCUAAUUGUUCCUGUGAUGGCUUGCUUUGCAUGUCAACUAUCUGUGUCAUUCAAAAUGUUCUUUUAUGUAAUCCUUCACCAAGAAGGUAUUAUGGGCCUAACUGUUCUGUUGAUGGCUUGUAUUGCAUGCCAAAGGUCCGUGCCAUUGAGAAUGUCUUUUUAUGGAAUCCAUCAACAAGAAAGUCUAUAAAACUUCCUUACGCGUCAAUUGAAAUCGCAAACCAAUCUGAUAGAUUAAACGCCUAUGUUUAUUGUUGUUAUCGAAUUGGUUACGAUAACAACAAUGACGAUUACAAAGUGGUGAGAAUUGUGAUACUUAUAAGUUAUCAUUUAGACAUCAUCAUUGAUUAUGAGAUUAAGGUUUAUAGUUUGAGAUCAAAUUUCUGGCAUAGGCCGGAGAAGUUUUCUCACUGUCCUAAUUGGAUUAGUUUUGGAAAUAUCAUUGUUGGUAGAGCUCUGCAUUGGAUCUCAACUGUGAAAUCAGAUUUAAAAAGGGAAAGCUUGAUUGUUGCAUUUGAUUUUGGGACGGAGAAAUACAGAGUACUUCCACAGCCAGAGUACAGUAGUCCUCAUUUCGAUUUAUAUUUGGAUAAUUUUGGAGGAUGUCUUUCGUUAAGUUGUAAAUACGAAUCAUCGAUUGUGGAUGUGUUUUUACUAAAGGAAUAUGGUAAGAAGAAUGAACAUUGGUCGAGAUUGAUUACACUGUCACCAACAACUACUUCUGAGAUUUAUCACCCUGUGACACCUAUUGCUUAUUCAAAGUGCGGUAAGAAAGUAUGGUUACACAUGGGUAGAAUGAGGCUUGUUUUGUACAAUUUAGAACAGAAGUUAGUUGAGGAAAAUACGGUAGAUGGUAAGAGAGAAUUAACUAGUCCCCUACAUACUUGCUUUGAAAGUCUCGUCUCUAUCGAUGUUCCGGUAGCACCGAUGGUGACAUGGGAAGUGGUAUAA